GAUCGAUUUGCCAACAAGAACGUAUUUUUACCUCUGCGUAUCUGCCGUUGCUUGCUUAUUCUCUCUUCAAUACCAUCCAUGCUGGGCUGCUGAAGCAGUCACCGACACCCACAAUGCUUGCCUCGUCCCGCCUGUUCAACUGGUUGAAAUUCACAAUCCCGAUUAUUGCGAUUUUCUGGUUUUCCACCUACUUCAUUAACUCGUCGUCGGCUUACAGCGAGGUCAUCCGCAAGUUCCAGGACGAGAAGAAACUCUUCAUCUCCGACUUCCUCGAGCAUGAGAUUGACGGCGAGUUCGACGGCUCCAGCAUCUCAGAGCUCUGCAGGAGCAAGCAAUGGUCGAAGGACCUGAUCCUGUCGUGUGAAUCACCCCCCGGCGGAGUGGGCAAUGUCAAGAAUGCCCACCUUAACUGCAUCCGCUUUGCCAUAGAGCUGGGAGCCGAACUCAUCAUCCCCGGCAUCAUCAAGCGCAGCGAGCACGACAUAUCCAAGGUGACCCCCCACGCCAAGGCUCCGCAGCGAGGCGUCUCGCUCGACUAUUUCUUCGACGCCGAACACCUGAACCACUCUCUCGCGACAUACUGCCCGCAGAUGAAGCUACACAGGUCGCUCAACGACCUCUGGGAGGUCCCCAGCGUGCUUACCGCCCAGAAGCUCGCCAUCCAAGAAGUCGGCAUCCGCAUCGACAACCUCGGCAUCCUCACGGAGCCCCACCAGGUCGGUUUCCAUCUCCAAAGCUACGUGAACACUCUGUCGCCACCUCGGGAGCGGAAGCACCCGGUGCGGUUCAACCUGGCGGCAACCUACUUCGUGUGGCCGACCGUGUCGGACGGCGAGCACUUCGCCCGGCACUUUGGGCGGAUCCUGCGCAUCCGGCACGACGCGCGCCGCCUCGCCGCCGCCGUGCUAUUCGGCAUGCAGAAGCGGUUCGGGCUGCGCCUCGACCCGCGCGACGGCAUGGGCGCCUCGGACAGCUUCGUCGGCGUGCACCUGCGCACCGAGAAGGACGCCGGGUCCAACUUCCCGCCCUACGAGACGCAGGCGGCCUACUACCUCGACUACGUGGUCAAGUCGGGGGCGGCGGUGGCGUUCCUGGCGACGGGAGCCUCGCCCGAGAAUGUCACCGCGUUCACGGAGCGGGCGCGCGAGUUCAACGUGACGACGGUGUCGAAGCUCGACCUGCUGACGGACCCCAACGACGCGGCCGCACUGGACCAGCUCGCCUACGACCAGCGCGCCCUCGUCGACUACGAGGUCAUGCUGCGCGCGGGCCUCAUGACGGGCACGGCGCAGUCGCCGUUCGCCUGGAACCUCGCCAUGCGCAGGCGCAACGCCUACGGGCGCACCGCCGACCCCGAGCCUGCGCCGCCGAACCUGAGCGUCCAGUGGAAGGAUAGGUACUCGACCAUCUUUGGGGAGUCGGAGCGGGGUCCCGCUAUGCAGCUGACCAUAUGGCCUUGAGACAAUGGUGACAAAAGGGGGUGAAUGCUUUGGUUAUUUUUUGGGGGGAUUUCUGUUGGGCGCGGAACAGGGGGGUGCUAUUGGCACUGCCUGUUCGCCUCAGGUUCCUGGCAAGGCUGGAUUGGGUUGGGAAGGUAUAUUGGAUUUGCACCCCUUGAGAGGAUCUGCCUGUUCCUUUUUCGCAGCUGCCACGAUGGCAUGCAUGC